GGUGGGUGGACGGACGACCCACCCGGACUGGGCCCCGCCUCUGCGACAUCAGUGGUCACGUGGGCAAUCAAAGUUGCGUGCGGGCUGCAACCAGUCGCAAACUUUUAGUUUCAAAAGUUUUCGGUGAAAGUUGUUGCGGUCGUGGUUCGACGGUGGGGCCGAUGUCGAGUUGAAAACUUGCGGCGAACCAGACCGCGGCCUGAUUUAGCGGAGUUUCUCGCACUGUUGCUUCAUUUUAAAAGUUGUAUAUUUUGCUGGGAGUUUGCGGAUGGAUUCCAGUCAGCAGCAGCAGCAACAGGCGCCGGCGCUGCCUCCGGCCGGGCACCAGGUCGUGCAUGUCCGCGGGGACUCGGAGACCGACCUGGAGGCGCUCUUCAACGCCGUCAUGAACCCCAAGAACUCCAACGUGCCGCAGUCGGUGCCGAUGCGGCUUCGCAAGCUGCCUGACUCUUUUUUCAAGCAGCCCGAACCCAAGAGCCACUCCCGACAGGCGAGUACGGACGGGGGCAACGCACCACCGCUCCAGGCGCAGCAUGUUCGGGCGCACUCCUCGCCCGCCUCUCUGCUCAGCGCCGCCGCCGCAGCCGCCGCCGCCUCCAGCCCUACCCCUACCGGCUCGGCCGGAGCCCCGGUCACCCAGGCACAGGUCGGCGGGAUCGGUUCAGCUCCCGGCGCUGACCCGAGCACUCACCUCCGACAGUCUUCUUAUGAGUUUUCCGAUGAUGUGCCUCUGCCGCCUGGCUGGGAAAUGGCCAAAACCCCCUCGGGACAGAGAUAUUACCUGAAUCACAUUGAACAGACAACAACAUGGCAGGACCCAAGGAAACCAAUGUCUGUGAUAAAUUCAGCUACUUCCGCGAGUCCGGUGUCCAUACAGCAGAAUGUGAUGAAUACCACAGCCUCUGGCCCACUUCCCGAUGGCUGGGAGCAAGGCAUAACCCCAGAUGGGGAGAUUUACUACAUAAACCACAAAAACAAGACCACAUCUUGGUUGGACCCAAGGCUUGAUCCUCGCUAUGCAAUGGACCAACAAAGAAUGACACAAAGUGCUCCUGUCAAAACAUCACCAUCCAUGGGUCCUCAUAGUCCUCAUAGCCCACAAGGAGGAGCAAUAUCAGGCUCCAACAAACAACAACAGAUGAGGCUCCAGCAACUCCAGUUUGAGAAAGAAAGGCUUCGACUGAAACAUCAAGAACUCCUACGACAGGAAAUGGCCUUGCGUAGUCAGCUGCCAACUAUGGAACAGGAUGGCAGUCCUCAAAAUGCAGUUUCAUCAUCAGCGAUACCACAAGAUGCAAGGACAAUGACAACCAACAGUUCAGAUCCAUUCCUUAAUAGUGGAACGUACCAUUCUAGGGAGGAGAGUACUGACAGUGGACUCGGCAUGAGCAGCUAUAGUGUACCCAGAACGCCCGAUGACUUUCUUAACAGUGUUGAAGAAAUGGACACAGGUGAAAACCUUGGCCCAAAUAAUAUAAAUUCACAACAGAACCGUUUUCCAGACUACUUGGAAACUAUUCCAGGAACUAAUGUGGACCUUGGAACGCUGGAGGAAGACAGCAUGAAUGUGGAAGGAGAGGAAUUGAUGCCAAGCCUGCAAGAGGCAUUGAGCUCCGACUUUCUUAAUGAUAUGGAGUCUGUCCUUGCUGCCACAAAGAUAGAUAAAGAGAGCUUUCUGACAUGGCUAUAGGACUCUUAAUCCUAUGGACUGUGUUUUAUUCUGUGAAGGAUGAGAAAACUUGAGACAUUUUUACAACUUGAUUGGAACUUCAAUGAGUUCUGUCUCUUCUGAUGCAAGAUUGGAUAAACUCCAAAUAUUUGGAAAGGAUUCUGCCAUUUAGUAUUUCACACAUUUUGGAAAUAGUGAUUAGCAAAUGCUAUAUACCAUUUCUUUUACCUACUUUACCUUGAAGAGCUAGUAUACAUGUCCAGCUGUAUCCUGUUGAUUUUUAUUCUGAUCCAAUUUAUACCCAUGGACGAUACCUGUAUAACUUUUUUGAUUCCAUAGUUUUGCAGCAACGAUCACAUUUUUGCUUUUCAAAGUAUUUUUGAGACCUGAUUAAUUUUAGUGUUUAAAUCAAGUAACAUGAUCUUUUAAUCUGGGCUACUUCUGUAUUAUCAGAUUUACUCAGCAGCUGCUGAACCAUCAACAGAGAAUCUGGUGCCAGUUAAGUGCCUUUGCCUAGCUUCUUCAAAGCUUUGUCACAUCUUGCAUCCAAAUAUGCUGCCUACAUGGAUCUUUUUAGAUGGUGUCUUCCAUUUCAUAAUGUACACCACAGUAUCAUAUUUGCUUUUGUCUUUGAGCAAUUGAGAUAUAAAUUUCAAACAGCUGUGUAAUUAAUUCUGGGAGUUGGGUGAUUACAAGGUGAAUUCUCAGCUGUUAAUUUCAUUUGGUCUUAUUUAAAUAUGAAAGAUUUGUCAGUCGUUUUUAAUUACUUGUACAUGAUUUUACAGUAUACAUUUUCAAUAAUGUCUAUCAAAGUUAUUUCAGAUAUGUUUGAAAGUAGGCAUUUUUCUUCUGCAGCUAAUGAACAAAGGGUUAUUUUUUACACCAAAAGACUUGGGGCAUGAUCAAUAUAAAGAAGAGCAGGUUAUAUAGAUGCUUAAAGGAAAAAGCCCUUGAACUUGUUUUGUAGGUUGUAGAAUGGUUAAAUGGCUGUUUGUUAUGUGUUAGAUGGUUAGCAGAACAAAUAGUAUGAAGAGUCCUGUAUACAGUAGUGAAUGAUUAGGAAAGUUAAUGGUUAUAAGAACGUGUAUGUGUAUAAUAGUUUUAAGAAUUGUGACAUAUCAGCAGAAGCUUUGUGAUCAAAAAGGUCUCCAAAGAGUAUUCUCUUUAAUACUGAAGUUCAUAAGCUUUUUUUUGUACAAACCUCAUUUUUCAAUUAGGAGCUGUUAAAUACUCUCUACCCCUUUUUUUGAAAACCAUAUACAAGAAACUCUCUGGUCUGGCAACUCCCAUGGUCUGGCAUGUUUUGAAUCUGUGGUACAGAUUUUCUAUGGUCCGGCACCAGUCAGUUCCCAAGGGGGCCGGACUAAAGAGUUUGAAUCUGUAUUUAGAUUUUUACUUGUAAAGACGAUGUGGCCUGUGAUUUGAAUAUCUAGGUACUAAGAGAACCCUGGAAAUCAUUUUAAACUUCAAUGUUGCUAAAUAAUCUAGUUUUCCAAAUUCAGUCUAUCCUCGGUGAGUGAGAUUUUUAAAAUAUUAUCCAUAUCUGACACUGCUGCUUCAUUGCACAUAAAUCUCUAGUAUUUGGCCUAAAAUUAUAUUCCCAGUCAGUAGCAAUAGGUAAGUAUGCUGUGUUGUCACAUCAGCAUGUUGUAUUUACCUCCAAAGAUCACCAUGUUGAAAUUCUAGGCAAUUCUUUCUUGCAGAUUGAAUUUCUAGCAAAGUUGUUUCUUGGGCAUGGCUUUAAGAUUUUUGUAUUGAAAGUCUUAAGCAGUGUAUUUAUUGAAAGUGCUACAUUCCAAGGCCUUUUGAGUGCCACCUUUUCUUUCCUGCCUAAGUUUCCAUUUGUCAAGUGGCAUUUUUAUAAUCUGUACACUGAUCAACAAUGAUUUUAUAUAAGUUUUAUAAAUUGGACAAUGCAUAUUCGAACAUGUGCCUAUAUAACUUGUGCUCUGGGAUGAGCAGCAAAAUUCUACUCAUCCACUUCUUAGUUUUAGAAUUAAUGUAGUUUCAUACUCAAAGUUUGAUGAAUUAGUACUAAUUUGAGCAGUCAGAUUCCAAAUGUCUUUCUUUUUAAAACCAAGUCCUGAAUAAGAUCAAAAACAGUCCUCGCUUCCAAAAGAGGUGGAUUCUGAUGUGUGUCAUUUUAUAUAUUUGAUGGUGGCCAAUGAACUUGAUUACCUUUUACAAAGCAGGUUAUAGAGGAAAAAGACAUUGCUUUGCAUGAUCAUGUACAGAUAGUUAAACUGGUGAGAAAACUUGUAUUUUUUAAUUUCUAGGAGUUGGUGAACUAAAUUGUUUAACGUGUAGGAGAUGAGAGCCGAUCAGUGUUGGAACUAAAGCAAUGCAACAAAUUUUUAAUUUUGCAAAAUAUUCCAAAUACUCAUCUGAGUAAGUGUACAGUGUUUUUGCACAUCCAUAAUGAAAUCUUUUUGAACAAGGCCUAAAUAUCUUUUAAGUAGCCAGAUGUAUGCUUGGCAUACAUAGAACACUGACAUUUCUGUCCUGUGAUAGUUGUCAAAUGUGUAAAAGAAAAAGGAAAAAAAAUCAUAUCAAGAGUACUGAUAAAUGCACACACUUCAAUUUAUAUUCUGAAAUGUUGAUUUUUUUUCCAGAUGUACCAGCAUGCCAGUAUAUAGAGACAUUAGAGAUAUUCUGCAUUUAUUUCUGUAUGUAAUACUUUCCAAUGGUUCAUAAUGAUUCAUGUGGUAUAAAAUAUAUUCUU